AUGGGAAAAAAUUAGCGGGAAUCCUUAAGAAUGAGAUUGAGAUAUAACGAGCCUGGUUCAGAAAAUAAGCGAAUAAAUUAUUUUAAGCUGAACUAAGGCUAUGAUAUUACAGAAGAUGAUUCAGAAUAUAUGGAUGAAUAAGACUCAUACAAAGCAUUUAAGAAGAUUAGGAAAUACAAAACAAAAUCCAAAGAGGAUAAAGUAACUUGUGACAAUUUAGAAGUGUUGUUAUAAUGGAAAGGAUCAAUUAAUUGUCAAUCUUAUGAAACAGACCAAAAAAAGAUUGUUGUUCUCAAAAAGAUUUUAGGGACAGAUCUAUCCCAAUAUGCAAAAGGAGUUUAAGGAAUUUUCAUUGAUAAUCUUUUCAAAAAAGAUUUAAAAAAUUUAGAUAUAUCCAAAAAGUUAAUAUCCAAUGGAAUUUUAUUUAUAUGGUCUGAUAAAAGCCUUAUAAAUGAAAUUCUUGAAACUAUGGAAAAUAAAGGAUUUACUUAUAUAGAAAAUCUGGUUGUAGUACAGUUGAGCCUAGAGUAAGCUUUAGAAGAGUUGAAUAAACAUAUGAAAAUAGAACAGACUGAAGAUGCUGUCUUAGAUAACUUAGAUUUUCUAUAAUAAAAGGUUUAGGUUAAAGAUUUGAUCUUGCAUCGUCCUUCAAAAGUUUUAAAUCAAUCAAAAUAAGUGUUGAUAAUGUUUAGGAAAUUUGAUGAAUAAAAGUCCCAACUAGAAUUAAGACAUUAAAGAACUCCUGAUGUAUUAUUUGACAUUGUGAACAAUGGAAAAUCAUGUUUAAAAACGAAAGAAUAUAUUUAUUAGACAAUUGAAACUUUGCUCCCAAAAUCUUAAUUGAUGGAGAUUUUUGCAUAAAAAGAUCAACCUAGAAAAGGGUGGAUUAGUGUUUGUGAAAAUAAAUGA